GUUUCAAACUGAUGUCAUCUAAUACUUUCAGAUGCUUUAUGGCAAAUGAACAUGAAAUCAUCGGAACCAAUGGAUUCCGGACUCUACCCGGUGCGUGAAGAUGAACCAGACUGUUCGUACUACAUCCGGACAGGCCUAUGCAGAUUUGGGGCGACCUGCCGAUUUAAUCACCCUCCUAACAGGAAACUGGCUAUUGCCACAGCAAAGAUGAAAGGCGAGUAUCCAGAAAGAAUGGGACAAUCUGAAUGUCAGUAUUACUUAAAAACGGGGACUUGCAAGUUUGGAGCCACAUGCAAAUUUGAUCAUCCUAGAGAGAAAGCUGGAAUCGCUGGAAGAGUUGCGUUAAAUGUUCUGGGAUAUCCAAUCCGCGCGAACGAGAUGGAAUGUGCGUAUUAUAUGAGAAACGGACAGUGCAAAUUCGGGAGCACUUGUAAAUUCCACCAUCCUCAGCCAUCUAAUAUGAUGGUCUCUUUACGUGGCUCUGCUGUAUAUCCUCCAAUCCAGUCUCCGACAACCAGCCAGCUGUCGUAUCCGCUGUCAAGAGCUUCUUUUAUAGCCAGUCCACGGUGGCAAAGCCCUUCAAGUUAUACACAGCUGGUUAUGCCCCAGGGAGUGGUAUCUGUACCAGGAUGGAACGCAUACAGUGGUCAUAUGGGUUCAGUUUUAUCUUCGGAAAGCCAACAACCUACAACAGGAAACGGCCAGAGUGAUGGUGCGUCACAACAGGGUGGAUCUAGAAAUACGGGAUCUCAAUUUCAUUCCGGUUCUGUACCCAUGGGAUAUUAUGCAUUUCAAAGAGACAAUGUAUUUCCUGAGAGACCGGGUCAACCGGAAUGCCAAUUCUAUAUGAAGACCGGUGACUGCAAAUUUGGUACAGUGUGUAAAUUUCACCACCCCAGAGAAAGACUUAUGCCUGUUCCUGACUGUGUCUUGAGUCCAAUUGGACUUCCUUUACGGACGGGGGAGCCUCUGUGUGUAUUCUACUCCCGAUAUGGAAUAUGCAAGUUUGGUCCAAGCUGCAAGUUUGACCACCCAAUGAGGGUUUUUGCUUACAAUGCUGCUGCAUCACCGUCAACCGACUCGCCAGCUAUUCGUCAUUUUUUGGCAUCAUCACAAGGAACUGUUGCAUUAAGUUACUCUACAGAUGGGCUUGUAGAAGCAGGCUCCACAAAUAACAGACGGCUCUCUUUGUCAGAGGCAAGACAGAAAUCCUCGGGUGAUAAUAACAUCGAAUCAGAGUGAUAAUCCAAGUGCAACUAAGUUAUUGCCUUCUCCAAUUUUUUUUGGAAGAUAAAUAAAUAACAGCGUCAUGUAAAUUCAUUUCCGUAGCUGGAGUCUGGAGAUGUACAAAAUUCAGCUCCGAGUUAAUCUGCUUAUCUGAAGAUACAGUUCAGUUGACUAGAUUGACUUCUUUAAAUUUGCUUUUGUUGUAUAAAUCUGCAAAUGUUGUCACAUUUGUUAAAAGGCAGUAAUGGAAGUUUCAUCUUUUCUCUG